AUGGAUUCAAAGCGCGAGCGUGUCGAUAAGUUAUUGAACAUCAAGUAUAUGAGGCAAGACUACAGCUUUGCAGCACAUUCUUUGAGAGCUCGUCAGCGAUUACUGGCACGUAAUGGCGAACCUUCAGCAGAACCGGAUCAGGACUAUGAGGCAGACGGCUAUAGCUCGCAUAAGGAGUUCAUGACUGACGUUUUAGGAAAGAUGAUGUUUGUCUCUGGGGAGACUGCAGAGCCAUCUGUGGAGACCACGAGUUUGAUUGAAGAAAUCGUUCGCCAGCAAGUCAUUGAAAUGCUCAUUCGAAGCACUACUCUAGCGGCCCGUCGCGGCGUGAGAUCUAUUUCAACUGAUGACCUUUUUUUUCUUAUACGCCAUGAUAAAGCUAAGGUCUCGCGAUUGAAGACUUUCCUGUCGUGGAAGGAUGUUCGCAAGAAUGUGAAAGAUUCUGAUGACAAAGGCGGAGCUGACGCAGCGGAUUUUGGUGCCGGAGACGACCCGCUUGCGGGAGCUGCUCAAGACGUUGCUGCCAAACCGAAAACAAAACGUGCAAAAAUCGGCCUUCCAUGGGACCUUAAUAACCUUUACUCUGUACAGGUUCCUGAACGUGAGGACGAAGAAGAUGAGGAGGAAGAAGAACAGAAUUAUGCCACUCUUCAGCGCCUUGCGAAUGCAGAUGAACGGACUAAGAACAUGACCCGCGAAGAAUACGUUUUUUGGUCCGACUGCCGACAAGCAUCUUUCACUUUCCGCAAAGCCAAGCGUUUUCGCGAAUGGGCCGGUUUUGGUAUCGUGACAGACUUUAAACCGAACGAUGACAUUGUUGAUAUUUUGGGCUUUCUCACCUUUGAAAUUGUUCAGACAUUGACAGAAGAGGCUUUAAAAGUCAAGGAACAGGAAGAUCGUGGCAAGAAGGGACGUGGAGGUUCUGAAGAUGGAGGAGAGAAAAGCAAGAAGCGCAAGCGAGAGACAGGGCUGUUUGAUCCCCCUGAAGAGGGAAGAACCCCCAUUGAGCCUAGACACGUCCACGAAGCGUUCCGCAAGCUUCAGGCUACCUCGAACAAGGCUGUCGCUAUGUUAUUGCAUGGAGGCCGUGCCCCCGUUCGCACGCCAUUGAGAUUGGUGGUCUACUAG